GCAGACCAGCUGACAGAAGAGCAGAUCGCUGAAUUUAAAGAGGCGUUCAGUCUGUUUGACAAAGAUGGCGAUGGUACAAUCACUACAAAAGAGCUGGGAACAGUAAUGAGGUCACUAGGUCAGAAUCCAACAGAGGCUGAGCUGCAGGACAUGAUCAAUGAGGUGGAUGCCGAUGGAAAUGGAACCAUUGAUUUCCCAGAAUUCCUGACAAUGAUGGCCAGGAAGAUGAAAGAUACAGAUUCAGAAGAGGAAAUUAGAGAAGCAUUUAGAGUGUUUGACAAGGACGGCAACGGCUUCAUCUCGGCAGCAGAACUUCGUCAUGUGAUGACCAACUUGGGGUAG